UCAAAGCUACGGCUGUGAUGACUCUGCGCAUGCGCGUUAGUCCCCCGACUACACAGUCUGCUUUGUUGGGACCAUCGAUGCUACCUUGACUUCACACGACUACGCUUUUGUCCAAAAGAGAUUGGAGGUUGUAUUUAUUAUUAGUGACUCAUCUGAUAUAAUAGGUGUAGUUUUAGGGUUGUCAGUCAGCGCUUAUUUUGGUGUUUUUGACGCUGGAGACGACAGACGCGAGGAGCUCCUGAAUAUAAACAAAACGCAGCGCGAGCUGCUUUUAAGGUGGCACGUCAUUAGCGACAGCUGGAACAACAACAGGACCGUCCGAGGCCGCUAGGCUACAUUCAGUCCGCGAAAAGGAACUCGGUGUCCGGAUUAUGGAAGUGUUCGCUCGGCCUCGUAGGGAGUGAACCUCCGUAACAAGCGAACAUGAGCAAAGAGGGCCGCUUGUUGUCUGGACGGCAGCUCCUGGCAAGUGAAAGAGGGGGUGACCGUCCUUACUGCUGCCCCCACUUGACCGAGGAGAAAGGCGAGCUCGAUAGCAAGAAGGGCGACCGCGGGCGCCCUGGUUCUCUGCCCCGGUCAGAGUAGAGCUCAAGCCGACAGAGGCAUCAUGGAGACGGUGGGGAGAUUCGAGUUCAGUCGGAAGGACCUCAUAGGACACGGCGCAUUUGCGGUCGUCUUUAAAGGCAGGCACCGAGAGAAACAUGACUGGGAGGUGGCAGUUAAAUGCAUCAACAAAAAGAACCUGGCCAAAUCCCAAACAUUGCUAGGGAAGGAGAUCAAAAUACUUAAGGAACUGAAGCAUGAAAACAUUGUAGCAUUACUGGACUUUCAGGAAACUGCCAGCUCAGUGUACCUGGUGAUGGAGUACUGUAACGGCGGUGACCUUGCUGACUACUUACAUUCGAAAGGCACGCUCAGCGAGGACACGAUUCGUGUUUUCCUGCAGCAGAUUGCGGGCGCCAUGAGGGUCUUGCAGGCUAAAGGCAUAAUCCACAGAGACCUCAAACCCCAGAACAUUUUGCUUUCCUACCCGCCAGGACGCAAAUCCCACUCCAACAACACCUGCAUCAAAAUUGCGGACUUUGGUUUCGCCAGGUACCUUCAGAACAACAUGAUGGCCGCAACACUCUGUGGCUCUCCUAUGUACAUGGCACCUGAGGUCAUUAUGUCCCAAACUUAUGACGCCAAGGCCGACUUGUGGAGUAUUGGAACGAUUGUGUUCCAGUGCCUGACUGGGAAGGCUCCUUUCCAGGCAAGCAGUCCCCAGGAUCUUAGGAUGUUCUAUGAGAAAAACAAGAACCUCAGCCCCAACAUUCCCAGAGAGACUUCCAGCCAUUUGAGGCAUCUCUUACGGGGCCUGCUACAGCGCAAUCACAAGGACCGCAUGGACUUUGAUGAGUUCUUUUCACAUCCUUUCUUGGAGGCUGCCAGCUCAUCCAUCAAAAAAUCAACCCCGACUGUGACGAUGACCUGCUUCCCAAGUUCUGCGUCAGCCAGCUCUUGCAGCAGCUCCUCCACCUCUCACUUGGCCUCUCCUCCGCAGUCCCUUGCUGAGGGUCAACAUUUGCGUCCCAAAGCACUGGCCUCUCCCACUCAGGAGGCCACUGGGUUUCUUCUCAAAGAUUCUUCCGGAGGAGGCGGCAGCAGCAAGAACUCCUCCUCCUGUGACACGGAUGACUUUGUCAUAGUGCCUGCUCAUUUCAACACGGCAGAGCUGACAAGUGAGAGCAAAGUGCUACAGGACAGUCUAAUGAACAGCGGCUCCCUGCUGACUUCUACUGGGUUGUGUGUCCAAGCCAAAACACCACCACACUCGCCCUCCUAUAGUGGCUCGCCAAGUCGUGUCAGGCCUGGUGAGUCCUCGGGGAGUAACUAUACUGGUCACAGUGGAAGCCACGGUCACUCCUUACCGAUCCCAGUUCCCACUCAGGUCCACAACUACCAACGUUUGGAGCAGCAUCUUUAUACGACAAAACAAGAAGGCUCGCCAAGGCUGUAUACUCCGGUGCAUCGUUGUAGCAGUGGAAGCCCUGUAGGCUUUGUCCGGACUGGGCCUUCUCCACCUUACGGAACUGUAGCCACCACCCGAAGGCUUUCGCUGGGAGGAGCAAGACCAUUUCAACUCUCCCCUCAAGCUGCUCAGCAUGCAGAAUCCAGGUCUACUGCUCAAAAGCACCCCCAUGCCGCCACAGGACUGGGAACACGGCUCCAUAGCGCCCCCUGUCUGUUGGAGUGUACCACCGGUGGCGGUAGGCAAAAGAUCAGGAAGCAGCACUCAGACCCGGUGGUAGUCCCCACGGCAGGGCUGAUGACAGUUCGCCCCCUACACUCUUCUCCGCGCCUCAGUGAGCUAAUGCAACGAAGCCCCCUUCCCACUAUCCUGGGCUCCCCCUCCAGGACCAUGCCUCCAUUUGAAUUCCCCAGACCCCCUAGUUCUCCAAACCUCGUCAAUUUCCUGACACAGCAGUGUUUGGUCAGGACUGCACCAGUCGAGCCCAGAGACGCAGGACAGCCAGCGCCCACGCAGGUCCCACAGCCUUCACACUACAUCCACAGGAUGAAUGAUGACACCAGGGGAUUUGGAAGGUCUCAAAGUGCUGGCCUGCUCUCCGACAUGUUGCUGAUUGCGGCCUUUGGACCAGGUGGACCUGUUUGUGACCGAGGAAGCACAGAGAACAUGGCGUGUGAAAAAGCUAUAGACAUCACAGUGCCCUCGGGUGGUGGAGGAUGUCAUGGACCGAGCUCCUGCAGCCCAGCACAGGUGGUUUUCACUAUUGGCUCCCCUCCCAGUGGCAGCACCCCGCCCCAAGCUUCCAGACAGAGGAAAUACUCAGGCUCCUUUGCUUCAGUCAGCCCUGUCAGCUCCUUCACCAGCCGCUACCACCAGACAGCCACAUACGGGGACGGCUUUGAUGCCUCUUCGAGCCCUCGUUACAAUUUUUUUGAUCCCAUCACGGCAAACAUGGGUGGUCGUGUUACCUUUGAGGCUCCAGAGCUGCCAGAGGAAACCUUGAUGGAGCAAGAGCACACCGACACUGUACAGAGCCUGCGCUUCACAUUGGAUUUUGCUUACUGUCUGAUGGAGGUGGCCGGGGCCCGCAGCCUCGCGUUGAUGGGGGUGCCGGGUGACGCUUCCCACCCUGCCUUCCCGCAGCAGCAGAGCCUGGUGGCAGAUCAGAUAAGCUCCCUGAGCCGAGAGUGGAGUCAUGCAGAACAGUUGGUUUUGUACCUUAAGACAGCAGAGCUCUUGUCCACUGCCAUACACACAGCCAUGGAGAGAGUGAAACAGGGCAAACUCUAUCCCUCAGCCACAGUCAAACAAGUCGUUAAGAGGCUGAACGACUUGUACAAGUCCAGCGUAGCAUCAUGCCGCUCCCUCAGCACCCGUCUGGAGCGAUUCUUCUCCAGGAAGCAGCGUCUAAUGGACCAAAUCACCUCUAUCACAGCUGAGAGGCUGCUCUUCAGCCACACUGUGCAGAUGGUUCAGUCUGCUGCUCUGGAUGAGAUGUUCCACCAGGGGGAGGCAUCCAUUCAGCGCUACCACAAAGCCCUCCUGUUAAUGGAGGGACUGUCUCUGCUGCUCACUGAACAGGAAGACAUUCUCAGUGUUAGCAAAUGCAAAGAGUGUAUUGAGCGUCGCCUCACAGCUUUGCAGUCUGGGCUCUGCGUGUGAGAAUUCUGCAUGUGGUGUCACCUAUCAGCGUAUUACCGGCAUCAAAGGUGAAAUCCCAAGCUUCAGCUAUACAUUAAUCUUGGACAGGAAGCCCUCUAUGUGAGGGAUCAGGACAAUUGUAUCAGUCGUUGAAGGUUGAGGCACAUGCAGGAGCAGUUAUGGCCAAAAAGAUGGACGACUUCACGAUUCAUCAGUAUGAAGGUACAGCAGACCUGUUGAAGAAGGCUGCAAGUAGGACUCGCCAGGUAUCAGUCUCAUCAAAUGUAUGUCCACAUUAUACCACUUACUGUGUUUAUAUGUAUCUUCGACUAGUUAGGACUUGCUUGCCACAGUGUACAUUGCUUCCACUGGAGGCGCAUACAAUCGCUUAUUAGGAGAUUUGUUGCAGAAACGACUAAAAGCGACUACUUUUAUAAUAUGUUUCAUUUUAGAUUUACACUUUAUGGACUUUUAAUAAGAGAGACUGACUGGCGCAUGAGACGUUGGCAUUAACAGGUGGAAAAGUGGGUCCAAAAACACAGAGGAUGUUAUCUUGCGUGCAGUACUUAGUCGUCCCCCCUCCAGAGGUUCCAUGUUUCUUCAUUGCAUCGUUGUAUCUAUCAAUCAUGUCUGCAUAAAAGCAUGUAUAAUCAAAAAUGCGAAUGUAUAGGACAGGAGAGGAGCCGCAUCAACAUCAGUCUGAAUGUUAGUCCGCUAAGAUUCAGGCUGCUGAAUGAAUGUUUUUGCACUGUUGAAGUACUGUACAGAGUGGAACAUGCUACACAUGUCAAGUAUUGUUUUCUUUUCUUUUAUUUGACUGAUUUCUAUUUCCACUGCCAUACAUGGAGUGCAGUCGUAUCAUAGUUACUGUGUUGUGUGUCAUGUGCGAGAGUGUCCAUUAAACAAGAGGGUUGCUGUGAACUCAUAGAACGUUUCCUUUAGGAAAAUAUGAAAAAAGCUUUAUGGUGAGGAGGGUUUAAGAAAAUAAUAAUUGUGUUUUGCAUCAGAUUAGUCAGUUGUUGACGAUUCUGUCUUGAUUUUUUUUGUUGUUGUAAGUGUUGAUUUGGAGUGCUAAAAUUUGAUAUUUCAUCUGGAUUCUUUUGUCGAAUCCCAAGUAGACUCUUUUAACUCCUCAGAUGUGGGCCAGUGGAAAAAGUCUAUGUUCUGUGUAAUGUUGCCUGUGUUCAGAAGCGGACAGUAUUGUGUGCCUGUUAGCAUGUGUGUGGCUCGAGGGUUUGACUGAUGGCUGCGGCACAAUGGAUGUUAGCGCUGCAGAGAAACCAAGCCUAAUUUUGAUUUCAUGGGUAGGGUCGACUCACAGCACCAUCGCUCAAGUAGCCACUGAAAACAUAUGCCCACAUUGGGGGAAAAAAAAUAUUAAGACUAAAAUGUGAUAUUUUUUUCUCAUAUAGUACAAUAUAUUUAUAUUUUUAAUAGGACGACUCCUUUCUUGUGACCUUUAAAUUUUCUCACAAUAUGACAUAAGUAAAGUGAUCGCAAGCAUUUUCCUCAGCAACCCCAUAGUUGUUUUUUUACUGCCGGUCUGUUGCAUAUGUGUGUGGGACUUAAAAAUUGCUGGAUAAAAUUACAACUUUAUUCUCGUAACAUUACAAAUGUAUUUAUUUUAACAUUACGACUUAGUUUUCUUGAGACUGUGACAUUAUUCUCCUAAUAUUGCCACUUUGAUGUAAUAUUAUGGCUUUCUUCGUAACAUUACAACUUUUUCUCAUAUUAAGACUGUACAUGUAUGUAAGGGUACAUCAUCCUCUUAAUGUUACGUUUUUUUUUUCUUUUAAUAUUAUAAAUGCAUUCUUGUAACAUUACGACGGCAAAAUUUCUCUCGUAAAAUUAAUACUUCAUUCUGGUUACCGGUAUAUAUAACGACAUUCUCGGAAAGUUGUUUUUUGUCUUCAUUUCAUGACUUAACAAUAUGCGUUGUAUUGUUACAACUUGAAAUUUACCAUGGCAUUGUUCUUGUAACAUUACAGCCUUUUUCUCAUAAUAACACUUAAUACUUGCUAUUUCUACUUUUUUUGACCGUCGCGUUUUUGUCUUAAUUAUUAUAUGACUUAAUUCUCGUAACAUUUAGACAUUUUUUUCAUAGUAAUCCAACUUCGUUCUCGUAACAUUACAGUUUGUGUUGUAAUAUUAAGACCUGACAUUGAAUAUUACGUUAUUUCUUGUAACAUUACUGACUUUUUCUAACCAUUUUAAGACUUCAUUCUGGUGGUAUAACGACAGUCUGAAUGUUGUUAUUGGCUUUCUUUUCACACUAUAACUUAAUUCUCCUAACAUUUAACAGUUUUUUUCUAAUACAACUUUGUUCUCAUAGCAUUACAGUCUUUGUUGCAAAACAACAACUUUGUGUUUAACAUGACAUUAUUCUUGAAAUGUUUUUUUUCCAUAACAUUACAACCUUGUUCUUGCAAUAAGACUUUUUUCAUGUGAUAGUAUGACUUCUUUCUCUCAAAAUUACAACUUUUAUAAUAUUAUGACUACUUAGUUUUUUUCCCCCCUCAAUUUAUUACUAUCAUUAUUAAUUUUUUCUUCAAACAUUAAGGAUUUAUUAACGAAAAAAGUUGUAAUGCUGCGGCUUAAUUAACAAUUGCGUCUAUUUCCAGUUGUUACUAUUUUUUUUCUCCUCAGUGUGGCCUUAAUUCUCCAUCAAACUCAGAUAACCCAUUGUGAGCCCUAAUACUACUCUGUUUAACAGUACUGUCAUUUAGCUGUUUCUGUUUUAAAAGGCUAAAUAUAGUUUACACAGAGAUCCAGUAUGGUAGUAGCACUGUUAGUUGAGCAGAAUGAAAGGAAGCUUUUUUUGUAGUUUUAGAAUUACUUUGCAUAUUUGCUUUGAGGCCUUUUGUCUUGAAUAUAUAAUUAUACUUCCUUUUAGCCGUGAGCAUGUGCCUAAUGGUUGAAUUGUACAUUCCUAAUGUCAUAUCGUGCAGGCUCCACCUCUCAUUCUGCUCAGUCAGUAUACAGUGGCUAUGACCUCUUUACGAAAUAAAACCCAUGCAUGUGUCACUUUUUAAUAAUCACCCACAAUCAUUGCUACUUGUCACUUCCCAAUUAUUACCAUCUCAGUCAGGGCUCACCAUAAAGAAAAUGUGUGCAGGCAUUGCAAUAACUGAGGGGGUGGUAGAAGUUGGGCAUUUAGUGUUUUCUGCUGUAUGUCCUUAAGCAGGAUGCUGACUUGCUGCCAUGGUCAUGGCUGCUGUUCAAAGCAUCCCUUAAAGCAUGGUGAAGGGUGGCACUUUUCCACAAGGUGUCCGUAGAUUUGAGUCUGUAUGUGUGAGAAUAUACCUGAAUGUUGUAAUUUUCAAGUUUGCUAUCGCAUUUAGAAACUGUAAAUUAAGUUAUUGCUGCCGCUGUAUUUAUGGAUCUGCAGGUGUGGAGGGAACAGUAUCAUACCAUCUAAUAUUCCUUUUUUUUCCCAAAGAAAAGCCUUUUGCAAGGUAUUUUCAUGUUGUCAUCUUAUAUGACAAGACACUAUCUCAAUGUCCCUGUGUGUAAUAUAACCCUUACUGUUAGUUGAAAUAUGAAUAAAGUUAAAGGAACGGUCA